CAAGUUUGCAAGAGGGCGUGCAUUUUGAAUAAUAAAAGGUGCACCUAAUGUUCUGAUUUCUACAAUAAUAUCGAUUAGUAUAUAUUUAAUUAUUUUGGACAUCGAAAGGCGGAAGGAAAUUGUAAAUCUCAGACAAUGAUUGGUAAAGAAGCCACCACCGGAUAUGGAAACCUUAGACAACACUUGGACAAUAACGUGGAUAUGGAUGGAGCUACAGAAACAACAAAACCCGGGCAGACUAACAAAAGAGGAACAUUUACAGCUAAACAGAACUUCAAUAGACAAGGGCUUCAGGGGGACAAUAGGACAUCCCGGGACACCAGAAGACUUUUGACGAUGUCUUCUCCGUACAAGAAACGAUGCAAUGGCGAUAUUUUGAAGAUUGGAAAGGGAUAUAUAAAGAAAGUAUAUUCACAAACUGUGGAGUUAGAGAAAGCCCAAAGCCGCCUUGAAAUUUUCCUCGAAAUGAUGGAUAACAGACUUCGGGUAAUAGAAGUUAAAAUGGACUUCUAUAAGACGAUGAAAGCCAAUAGACUUCAAGAUUACUUGGAAGACAGGGAGCAAUGAAUCUCCUUUGAUUUCUUCAGGAAUUAUAAUCUGUUUAAAAGAGGCGCGGUGACGGUUGAUUUCCAACACUAUAUUCUCAUAUGCUCUGGAAUCAUUUUAAUUCGUGUCGGUCAAUGUUCGUAGUCUACCAAAAUUUUACUGGUUUGUGGGGAUGCAAGUUCGUGUGUAACUCGCAUAAACAGAAGAGUCAAUAAAAUGCACUGGGAAGAGUUUCUAGAGAUCCAUAAACAUUGCAACACCCCCUCCCCCGCCGCAAACGAACAAUGAUGAUUCCACAGUAUGCUUUAUUUGUAUUUUUUUUCAUGAAUAUCAAUUUUGUCUUGUUUUCUUGGUUGAUGCAGACCACAGAAUAAAAUGAACGAUAAACUACAAA